AUGAUCAGUGCUAAAAAGCUCAUCAGAUUGGCAAGAAAAUGGCAGAAGUUUGUAACAAUCAGGAGAAAAAGAGUUACUUUUCCGACAAACAAAGGAGUUUUAGAUGUGGAGAGUUGCUGCACAUCAUCAACAAGUAAGGGACACUUUGUUGUGUACACUAAUGAUCAAAGGAGGUUUGCGCUCCCACUCAAGUUUCUUAACCAUGACGUUGUUCGAGAGUUAUUUGAACUAGCGGAAGAAGAGUUCGUUUUACCAAGCGAUCAGCCUCUAACAUUACCUUGCGACGCAAGCUUCAUGGAAUAUGUUAUUGCCUUGAUCCAACAUCACAUAACUAAGGAUAUACAGAAAGCAUUGCUCAUGUCCAUUUCUAGUUAUUGA